AUGAAUACAGACGCCGUGUUGUUGUUAGAGACAGCGAAUUUCGCCGCUGAAAAGCAUCGAAACCAGCGUCGAAAAGAUCCAGAGAAAACGCCAUAUAUCAACCACCCGAUCGGAGUAGCAAGGAUUCUCAGCCAUGAAGCCGGCAUCACUGAUAUCGUGGUAUUGCAAGCCGCUCUUCUUCAUGAUACUUUAGAGGACACAGACACAAAGGCCAAAGAGUUGGAAACAAAGUUUGGACAGGUUGUUGCUCGCAUUGUUCAGGAGGUGACAGAUGAUAAGAGUCUGCCCAAACAGGAGAGGAAGCGCUUACAGGUGGAACACGCGCCUCACUGCAGCCACCAGGCCAAACUGGUCAAACUGGCGGACAAACUCUACAACCUCAGGGAUUUGAACCGGUGCACGCCUGUCGGCUGGGAGGCUGAGCGAGUCCAGCAAUAUUUUGUGUGGGCCUCUAAUGUUGUAAAAGGCUUGAAAGGUACCAACUCAGCUCUGGAAAAGAAACUGGAAGAGUUGUUCAGACAGAGAGGAGUACAGCUGUAA